AUGGCUUCAGUAAGACGAUAUUUACGCGUUCCUAGGGAACUUAUGCCCUCAGAAAUAUUCAAACAGGAAUCACAAUCUCCUGGUAAAAUAGUAAUACAAAUAAUUUUGCUUCAGAUGUUUUAUUACCUAACGGCAGCGGUAUUAUUCUACGGUUGGGCUACGUUGUGCGGAUAUGACAUAAACUUGAAACAAUGGCUAUUCACUUGGCAAGAUAUAGAUUUCUCCAACUCAUUUGGGAUCUCUCUAUCCGCCCUUUGGUUAAUCGACUCAUUGAUAUGUGUAUUCUUUUUGACCGUUAUUGUGGGCAGAAGCAAGCUUGCGUGGGACUUUGCUAUAACUAUCCACGCAAUCAACUUGGUGGUUGUAUGGACACACACAGGACUAUUUCCUUCAUUAGCAUGGUUUGUUCUUCAAUUCCUCUCUACACUAAUACUAGUUUUCCUUGGUACUUGGUUUACUAGAUGGAGAGAACUAAAGGAUACGUUUUUUGAAGGCAUGGUUGAUACCGAAAGUGUGUCCGCACCUUCAAGUCAACCAGCGUCGCAGCCCCUAACAGGAAAUAUUGAACUAAGAGAUUUGGAAGCGCAGAAGUAA